UGACGUGAAUUUCCGAAAGUCAAUUUUUUUUUUUCCUUCCUGAAUUCCACCACCUUCCUCCUUGCCAACCCAAAGAACCCAAUACUAGAUUAGGCACUUAAUUAGUCACAAUACUUGUCUUUAAAAUUCAGACACUCUGCCAUCUAUAUUGAACACUGCAAAUCAUUUGGAUUCUGAGACUAAAUUCAGAUUUGGUCUCCCUUUUUCAUCUUUUACCAAAAUUUCUACACAUUCUACGACGCCGCAAGAAUCCUUACAUUGAAUUAGACCAUCAUCUCUAUUUUUUACCUUCCUCCACUGUUAUAUAUAACCCAAAAUUCCUUACUAAAACGACGCAAAAUGGAGUCAGCAUGGUCCUUGAUAUCGCCAUGCAUUCCUUAUCUUGUUUCAUUUCUUGCUCUUUUUCUUCUUCUUGAACAGAUUUCUUACCUAAAGAAAAAGCAGUUUCUCCCAGGACCAAAACUGGUUUUUCCAUUCAUAGGCAACGCCAUUUCCUUAGUAAAAAAUCCGACCGAAUUCUGGGAAAUGCAAUCUUCGUAUGCUAAGUCAACUCCCAUUGGAAUCUCCGCAAACUACAUCAUCGGCCGCUACAUUCUCUACAUAUACUCCACCGAUCUUUCCCACAAAAUCUUCGCGAAUGUCCGGCCUGACGCCUUUCAUCUCGUUGGCCAUCCCUUUGGGAAAAAACUCUUCGGCAAGCAUAACUUAAUCUACAUGUUCGGACAAAAACACAAGGAUUUACGUCGUCGUAUAGCGCCCAAUUUCACGUCGAGAGCCCUUCAAACAUAUACAAAUAUCCAGCAGCGGAUCAUCCUCAAUCACCUUAAAUCCUGGUGCCAGAAAACUGGAAAUGAAUCAUCUGGGUCUAUUCCACUUCGUAUCCUCUGCCGGGACAUGAAUUUGGAGACCUCCCAAACAGUUUUUGUCGGGCCUUACUUAAGCUCGGUGGCGCGUGAGCGGUUCAACAUAGACUACAAUUAUUUCAAUGUUGGACUAAUGAAGCUACCGAUUGAUUUACCCGGUUUUGCGUUUAGAAAUGCGAGGCUUGCUGUAGAGAGAUUGGGGGAGACACUUGCAGGUUGUGUUGAAGAAAGUGAGAAGAAAAUGAAGAAUGGUGAAGAACCCAGUUGUUUGAUUGAUUUUUGGAUGCAGGAACAUUUAAGGGAAUUAAGCGAAACAAGCAAUAACCCAUUUGAAUUGACAUAUAAAGAAAUUGGAGGCCAUUUAUUUGAUUUCUUGUUUGCAUCACAAGAUGCAUCAACUUCAUCUUUACUGUGGGCGGUGGCUUUCUUGGAUUCACACCCUGAAGUUUUAGAGAGAGUGAGGGAAGAGGUGGCGAAAUACUGGGCACCAGAAUCCGACACCAUGAUCGCCGCGGAGCAGCUAAGGGAGAUGAAGUAUACAGAGGCGGUGACACGUGAGGUGGUGAGAAUCCGAGCUCCGGCAACUAUGGUGCCACACACUGCUGGAGUGGAUUUCCGGCUGACGGAGAAUUAUGUUAUUCCCAAGGGGACUAUUGUAUUUCCUUCGGUUUUUGACUCUUCUUUCCAGGGGUUCACUGAACCGGAACGGUUCGAUCCGGAUAGGUUCAUGGAGGAGAGGCAGGAGGACCGAGUUUAUAAAAAGAACUUUCUAGCAUUUGGAGCUGGGUCCCACCAAUGUGUGGGCCAGAGGUACGCCAUCAACCAUUUGAUGUUGUUUAUUGCAAUGUUUGCCACUUUGAUUGAUUUCGAAAGGGAUAGAACUGACGGCUGUGAUGAAAUUGCUUACGUCCCUACGAUUGUUCCUAAGGACGAUUGCAGAAUUUUUCUUUCACAGAGGUGUAGCCGAUUUCCAUCUUUUUGAUGACGGAAAUACCCUUUGUAUUUAAUUCUUUUGUACGGUUGUAUUUGAAAGGGAGAUUGAUUUGUCAAGGGUGUAUUAGUCAAGUAGAAAAUUGGGUCAAAUGGUUUGAUUAUUUGUUAUUUCU